GAAAGAGAGGACUUGUCAAGACGUCUGUGGCGGAGGGGGACCAGAGCAGGACGGAAGCCAGAUGCACAAACAGAAAGAGCGGAGGUUUCGGCAGCUGACGGGCCGAGGGGGGGGCCAGACCCGGUCCGCCGCUUGAGAAGUGCCUACGGGGGAAACACUCGUUUCAUUUCCUCGCCGCACACCGAGUGACUGGAUUAAAUUAAAGUGAGGAGGCAACAGAGGCCGGGAGAACAAAGGAGAGGAGACGUCAGAGAAGCAAAAAGAAAAAGCGGAAAGGACGUGGGAUGAUGCCAAAACGGUGAAAACAAACUUGGCUGCAACAUGCCUUCGCCUCCUUCAUCAAGAUCAGAAUCAUCAUAAGUGGGAGAUUGAAAGCUGACGGUUUGGUCUCUCAGACUUGUAUAAACACCCUUUGGUCUCGUGGCCCCUAGACGCCCCGCGCGAGGCAGGGUGGGUGUAUAAAGUCUCUCGCUGCCUCGAGCCUUCUGACAGAAACAUCUCGCACACAAAAUCACACCCAAGUCAGAUAUUGUGUUGCCAGAAACCCGUCCAAACAGCUGACCGGGGGGUCUACGUUACAUCAGGAGUGUGGCUGGACCCCAAAAACAGGUGAUUCUGGUGACGCUUCAUGAGGACAAGCAACUUAUCCGGACGUCUGGACAGUUGGUCCAUCAACCAAUCAAAUGUCUGAACAUCAUUUCUGACUUGUUCUGUUUUUGCCAAGUCUUUCAGUGAGUCCCCCCCCCCCACUCCUAUUUUUACUGUUUUAAACUUCCCCUUCAAUAAGAUGACCCAAUAAGGAAUUAUUCUUCCGCAACACCGGGUAUUCAAGGUAACCGCAAAGUCAGACACAAAGCGUGGAUUUGAAAACCUCACAGCCGGCAGCAGAUUAAGUGAAGUGGGUCUCGGCUCAGACCGAGAGACGUUUGCCGUUAUUUUGACGGCGCUCUCCGGUGUGGCAAGCGGCCCCCCCGUGUCUACCCUAUAAACGUUAUAAAGCCCUGGGAAGGAUUUACUGAAAACUUUUCUACAACCGGUGCCGGCCCGGCCCAGUAACGGCGGCCCCGGCCUCGGGUCCCGGAGCCAUGGAUCAAGAGAGAGAUAGCGUCUUGGAUUUUCUGAAUCAGCUGUGGAGCUUCGCCACCGACAAGCACAACCAGGGGGUCUACAACACGGUCUGCCUGGUGGUGCUACUGACUCUUCCCAUGUUGGUCCUCCUCACUUCUUUGGUGGUGUGCUGUCACUGCUGCUGCUGUCGCCACGCCAACUGUUGCUGCUGCGGGGACACGGCGGCGGCGGCGGGGAGGCCGGAAACCAAGAAGAAGAAAAAGAACGCCGACAACACCGAGGACCUGUGGAUCUCUGUCAAAACGGCGCCCGUGACCCCUGACAGAGUGGCCCUGGCCAUGGUGUAGGACUCGGGUUUCGAAGCGGCCGUUCUCGGUUCAGCUGGGCUCCACUGCCGCGCCGAGUCUUGGCCGUUGCAGCGUAACAGGACUGUCGCCAAAACACAAACUCCGUCUGGGACACUGAGGAAGCUCAAACGAAGACUCGAGGGGUCAUGGAAAGGACAAGAAGUUGCGACAGAUACAAAUCUUGGUUAAAUUAUGUAAACAAAGAUUUUGUGCUGUUUUUAUUCUAAUUCGAUGUUGUACAUGGUGGAUUUUCUGUAAAUGUUUACACAUUUCUAUGCUGUUUCUAGUGUAUGGUACAUAGAUGAAGCAAUAUGCUCCACAGAGGCACAUGAUAGUACACGGACAUAUUGUAUGUGUGCAUGUUUGCAUGUGUGUGUGUGUGCGCUAUGUGCAUGAAUGUGUGCUUCUUGUGUGCAUGUGUGUGCGAAGAAAAAUCAGUGUUAGCGUGAGCACUUUCUUCUCUGGAGCUUCGCUGCCAGCGAAGCUUCGUUGCCCCUGUAUGUGGGAGACAGAGUCGAUUAAAGGACUGCCUCGGGUUCAGAUGAGUA